AUCAGUGCACACAAUUACUCUUGUUCUGCAUAUACCAUUUGAGGCUUUAGCUCCAAACCCACAUUUUUAGGAGAUUUUCAAAUUGUACUUUAUUUAAAGUAAGGUCCAAGUGUAUUGGGUCUGUUGCUUGAUAUGGAACAAACUUUGAGACGAGGAGAUCCAAUGAAACAAUGAAGACUAAACCUGCCGUCCGUUUUGCGUUGAUUUACGGAUUUUUGGUGGUUGUCGCACUGGGAUAUUUUUGGCUACCAUCGCGUAAAGCAGACGGUAGGAGUUUGUCAAUCACAACGCCAAGACCAACCAACAAACAUACAACCACUGAGAUAACAACAGUGGAACCAGUCGUCAAUCCUCAUCUGUUUAAGUUUACAAUACACAACCAAGCUGCCUGCUUCAACAGGAGCAACUCAAACGGAGAACUCUUCUUGGUUUUUCUAGUCAAAUGUGCGCCGUUCGAGAAGUUGGACCGGCAGCAAAUCCGGAAAACUUGGGGAGGUGUGAAGGAGGUGCUCGGUAGACGGGUCCUGACGAUGUUUCUUCUGGGGGAGUCAACGGACCCCAUCAUUCGAAAAAAAAUUCAAGAGGAGGACAAUACAUUUCAUGAUCUUAUCCAAGUAGACUUCAUCGAUGCUUACACAAAUCUGACUUACAAGAACAUGAUGGGACUGAAGUGGGUAUCCAUGUACUGCCCUCAAACCAGCUUUGUGGUGAGUGUAGAUGCUGACAUGAUGAUUAACAUUGUUACACUUGUAAAACGUCUGUCUACAAUGCCAAAGACUAACUUUGCAGAAGGACAUCUUCAGACUGAUAUUCCCGUAAUCAGGGCCAAGACAAGUAAGUGGUACAUGCCAAAGGAGGAGUUCGCUGAGAAUGUGUACCCACCUUAUCUUCGAGGUGUUUGUUACUCUAUGUCUCGAGAUGCGGCUGUGCGAACGUUCGAAAUAUCGAAGUAUGUACCGUUCCUUUUUAUCGACGAUGUAUUUGUUGGGAUCUGUUUGACAAAAGCUGGUGUCAUUCUGAGGUAUUCGCAACUGUACGAGCAGAAUAAAAGUAUGAAUGAUCCUAUGAAAAAAGGAGGCAUUGGGGUUAAAGCGAUGAACAAAGGCAUUGGCGUUGGGAUACUCCAUAACAAGGAUCAUCUCAACCAACCAGCGCUCAAACUGUGGUACAAUAUUGUUGGCUCACAAAUUGCGGACAUGUAAACACGAUAAUGAUUGUCUCUGCGACAAUGUCGUGAACUUUGUCAUCUGUCGUUUAUAUUAACGACCUGGAUUCCUGGGACUGAGUCCUGAACUUUGUCAUCUGUCGUUUAUAUUAACGACCUGGAUUCCUGGGACUGAGUCCUGAACUUUGUCAUCUGUCGUUUAUAUUUACAACUUGCAGUCAUUUUGUUUGUAGUGGUAAUUCAUUAUGUAUUUGUACUCUCCAUUAUAAUAAUAGUAUGUUUUUUGGUUAUUAUAUUGUGCUCUCUCUAGAACCAGCCUGAAAUAUUCGUUAAUUUUUUUUAAUUUUUUUUUAGGAUUUCAUUUUAAAUUAUUGGAGACAUUUUGUGAACACUUUGGGAAAAGAAAAUAGAAAAAAAUAAUAUCCUAAAACUUUGAGAGUUGAGAAACAGAAACAGAGAAACAACAAAUAAUUGUUCGAUAGCCUUUAAGACCUUUGUAUGAACCGAUUCAGGCAUCUUCAUCAAUCUGUUUUAUUUAUCUUCAAUAUUCUAAGCAAACCUAAGUUCACUUUUUUUGUUUAGCUGUUUCAAAAUGCUUCCCAACCAUAACUACGUACAGUAAACGUAUGCAAAAUAAUUAUUGUUAACGGCCUCACCUAUUAACCUUUACAAGAAUAGGCCGAACGUGGGCUAGGCACAAAACCAAUCCUUACACAUUCAGCGAGGCGUACUCUCUCAUUGUAAGAUAGUGUAUAUUUCAUGGUCAUAAACUACAACAAAAUCCCUCACGUAAAACUCGAUCAGGUUGGGACUAUAAUGGUCUCGGAAUUUCGCGCGAGACUUGCUUAGUCUACACAGACUGUAGUGAAUAAUAUAUUACAAGCAAAUGCAAUCGUACAAUUACAGAAAACAAAACCUAAAAACCAAGACAAAAACAAAUGGUGGAGAUGGAGGGCCCAGAAAAAGCAGAGCUUGUCGAUGGAUUGAUAUACAAUUUGGCGAAACCAAACUUUUAUCCUUGAACCGUAUGCAUGAUUUAUUAACUCUUUCUUUUCACGUAGCUAGUGAGGUCAAAACGUGAGGCCGGCGCACAAUGUUGCAGUUGGAAGCGGUUUGACAUCAGCCAUUUCUAUUACCUUUAUAAAUAAAAUCAGUAAAUUAAUAAGUUUGCUUGGUACAUUAAAUAAAAUUGAAGAGGACGCCUGAAUUGACUUAUACAGUCAGAGAUGGACAACAGACUAAUGUGUUGGACUCCACACUACAAGUGGUUAAAUAGGUAUAGUGCAACUCAAAUACUUAUGCUGAUGUUUUCAUGAUGCCAGCAUCAACAGGAGGUUCCAACCACUCUCUCCUGCUUUCAAAAACAGCCAAAAUAUUUGCAUACGACGUGCUGUACAGACUACGUUUGUACAGCUUUCAUGAAGAUACAAUAAUCUUGUUAAUUGAAUGUUAAUUACUCGUUAAUUAAUCACGUUGUGAACCAAAUUUGUACAGAUCUAUCUGUAUCAGUUAGAAUAGAAUAAUGUUUUAUUGUCACUUGUAAAAAAAAACCAAAUAUUAGUACAGUGAAAUUCGUUUUGGUUUUGCGUGUCUAAAAAUAUUAUGUUAUAUACAAAUACACUAAAAAUUUACCAUUUACAAAAAUACAUAGAAAUAUAAUAUAAACAACUCUGAAAAGUAUUACAAUAUACAGGCGAAAUACGAAAGAUAAAAAUAGUACGAUAGAAUUAAAAUCAGAAAUAGACAUUCAUGAUUAAAACCUGUCAUGUAGAACACGAACAACUGUGGGAUAAAAACUCUGCAAAGUACGGUUGGAUCCAGAUUUAAUUGAACGGAAACGAUUCUUAGACCGCAUGGGCUGAAAGAGGGAACGUGCUGGUGAAACUGGUCAUCUACUAUGGAGAGGGCUCGUUUUUUAACUCGAGAGAGAUACAGUUGGCAACCUAUGAUUUUACUAGCGGUGCAAACGAUCCGGCUGAUACGCUUCCGGUCAUCGGCUGUUGCAUUGCCCCACCAAACGAUCAUUUACUGUGUCAAGACACUCUCAAUCACCGCUCGGUAGAACUUCAACAGAAGUGGCUGACUGACAUGGAAGCUUCUCAGCCGUCUCAAGAAAAAUAAUCUUUGCUGACCUUUUAUUAACAAUUGAAUCUGCAUUACAUCCCCAUUUCAAAUCAGAUGAUAAAUGUAAAUCUAGAAAUUUAAAACAUUUACUAUUUCCACUUCAGAACCAUUAAUGACCAAGGGAGCAAAAGCUGCAGGAUUUUUGCGAAAAUCAAUGACAAAUUCCUGUGUUUUAUUGACAUUUAAUUCUAGAUCGAUCUCAGUGCACCAGUUAACAAUAGAUUGUACUUCAUUUCGGAACGAUGUCUCGUCAUUUUUAAUUAAUCCACAUACAGUCGUGUCAUCAGCGUACUUAACCAUAAAAUUGCUGGCUGAAGUACUGACGCAGUCGUAUGUAAAUAACGAGCACAGCAAAGGAGACAAAAUGCAACCCUGUGGCGUCCCGGUAUUUAAAACCAAGGGUUUGGAAUAAUCAUUUCCGACUCUGACAAUCUGAGAACGAUCCAAUAGAAAGUCUAAAACCCAUUU